AUGGCUCAACAAGCUAAUUUGGCCAGCACUGCUGGCCCUCAAAGGUCGUCGACCUCAAUCUCUCACAAUCCUGAUCUCAGAGCUCGUCGCCCUCUUUCACCCGACGCAGCGCUGCGCCUCUUUCUCAAACAUCGCCGGCUUUCAUCAGGCCUUGACAGUUUCGACAGCGACUCCAGGGGCAGCAUUUCUUCCAAGUCUCCAUCACCUAACUCCUCUCGAGGCUCAUCACCCCGUCUUUCUCCCCCUCUCAUGUCGAGCCUGCCCCCCAAAGCCAUCUUCGAUCAGCGCGCAAAGGCUCUCAUCUUACAAAGUUACCUUACCCACUCUCGCUCUGUCGCAUCCAGCCAGCGGCAAUCUCUUUAUCGUCGCCACCGGAACGCCGAGCGCGCCCUGAGAUUAUACCUCUUUCGUCGCCAGCUUUGGAGGAACACCCGCCGACCGACUUACACCAUGGACUUCAUCGAUACCCUGCGCCAGCUACAGUCCGACGAGGUCUCGUCUGACGAGGACUCCUGUCUCGUCCUGGCCGAGGCAGGCGGCAUUCGUCGCGACUCCUCCUCAACCGUCUCCCCCCCUCCUGCCUUCGAAGAGAUUACCUCCGGCAGCAAAAAGAAGCUCAAGCCGGUAGGGCCUUUGAUGUCUGGCGCUGUUGAAGAGGAGGAUUGCGCCAUUACGGAGGCCAAGAAGGUCACGAAGGAUGCAGUCCCCGCCAAAAAGCAGGUCGAGCUCUCCAUGUCAAGCGCCUUGUCUUCGUUGUCGUCGGCCGAGGAGAUCCCCAAGAAGAAGCCCGAAGAGACACCCGAAUUCAAGGGCAAAAAUCUUAAGCGCAAGUCAGAUGCCGACUUGGAGUCCUCAGCCGGCGGGCAACCCAAAGCCAAAAAGCCGAAAGUCAAGACUGCCGACGGCCAGCCCAGGCCGACUGCCAAAGCCAAUACCGAGGGCAAGCCGCCGAAGCCCGCGGCCGCCGCCGAGGUCAGCACCAGCAGGGCUUCCUCCGCCCCCGCCGCCAGCCCGACUAAGCCCCCUGUGCCCGCGCGUAAGGGCAAAGAGUACUUCGAAACCCGCGUGCAGGAGAUGCUUACCGACCCACUGGGCUUCGACGAUUUGGUGUACCCGACGACCAAGCCCUUGCCCAAGCACGCACAGCAAUCGUUUGCGCGGUGGCGUAGACGGCAGAGGCAACCCCCUCCGCCGUUGGUUAUGAGCGGGGCGAUUGGAACUGUGGGGGACGACAAGUCGCCAAAAAAGGGGAUGGUGGAAGGGGUUGGGAAGAAAAAGGAGAAGGAAAAGGGGAAGAGCUUGGAGAGGGAAGCGAUGGUUAGGGCGCAUCAAAUGAAGGUUAGGAGGGAGGUGGCCGAGUUGAGGGAGAGGGUUGUUAAUGGGAAGAAGGGGGCGAGGGUGGUUAGGGAGGAGAGUGUUAGUGUUGAAGUUGCUAAAUAUACCCGGUCAGCUUGA